AUUACAUGCACGUACUUUGCUCUUGUGUUUCAUGUGUUUUCAUAACAAAGCCAUCACGCGCUUUCACAUUUCAUUAAAAAAUCAACUGUUGAAUUAGUCCUGUUUGCAGAAUAAAAAAUUGAAAACACGUCAUUACUGAGGCAACAAUUUAUUGUAUGAGUCAAAAAGCUGAAAGACCAGUACUAUCAGGUCAGCGUAUCAAGACCAGAAAAAGAGAUGAAAGAGAAAAAUAUGACCCAACGGGAUUCCGUGACGCGGUCAUUGCUGGUCUCGAAAAAACUGGUGGUGACUUGGAUCAAAUUGCAAAAUUUUUAGUCAGCGCUGGUAAUAAACUUGACUAUCGCCGUUACGGCGAGGUACUAUUUGAUAUAUUGAUUGCUGGUGGCCUCUUAGUUCCUGGAGGUUCUAUAUCACAGGAUGGCGAGAAGCCGCGUACAAAUUAUUGCAUAUUUGAAGCACCAGAAGAUAUGGAAGCAAUGCGCAACCAUGAGCAGGUUUUCGUCAAUCUCAUGCGUCGAUUUAAGUACUUGGAAAAGAUGUUCGAAGAAGAAAUGAAGAAAGUAUUAGUCUUCAUUAAAGGUUUUACUCCAAGCGAACGUAUCAAACUGGCGCGUAUGACGGCGCUAUUGUUAUGUAAUGGUUCAGUGCCACCGAAUGUUCUAUUAGUACUCAACAAUGAACAUUUAAUUAAAGACGGCAUUGCCCUGGAUUUUCUUGUAGAACUAUUUGUUACCUUCAAACAAGAAAAGGGUAUGCAAUCCCUAAUACAAGCACUUAAAAAAGGGGGACUGGAAAGCAAGCUUAUGGAUUUUUUCCCACCUAAUAAACGUACUGAGGAGAAUUUCAAACAAGUUUUUCUUGAAAAAGAUUUAACGGAAAUUAUCAAGUUGCAUAAAGCUCAAGCCAGCCAAGAGGCUAAGCGGGAGCUGCAACAAACUCUAAUUGAUGAUAUAAACGACGAGAAACCGCACUCCGAAAUAACAGCCGACAUUAAAGAAUUUGCCCAGAAAGCCAACAUUCCUGAACAUGAAAUUAUUGUAAUUAUCUGGUCCACUGUAAUGUCUUUGGGUGAAUGGAAUAAAAAGGAGGAACUUGUCACUGAGCAGGCAGUACGCCAUUUGAAAGGCUAUUGUCCUUUAAUGCAGGCCUUUACCAGCACCGAUCGCGCGGAAUUAGCUUUGAUUCAGAAAGUCCAAGAUUUCUGUUAUGAAAAUAUGAAUUUUAUGAAAGCUUUUCAAAAAAUCAUCUUACUCUUUUACAAAACCGAAGUUUUAUCGGAAGAGAUUAUUUUGCGUUGGUACAAGGAUAGCCAUUCAAGCAAGGGCAAAAUGCAUUUCCUCGAACAAAUGAAGAAAUUUGUUGAAUGGUUGCAAUCUGCUGAGGAAGAGUCUGAAUCUGAUGAAGAACAAAAGAAUGGAGAAUAACAACCACCUUCAACUGAAAAUCUUGAAAGACUUAAAAUUACAGCAUACGCAUAUGCUUUUGGUUUUCAACAUUAAACAACAAAUAUUACCACCAAUGAAAGUAGCAACGGGAAAAGCGAAAGCGCUGACAUCGGAAGAACAGGAUUAAAUAACAUCAUCAACCACAAUUAAUUCUCUCCAUGAUAAAAAAAUUUUCUUCAUGCUAUUCAAUUACACAUAUACAUAUAUAAUAAAUGCAAGCAAUCCCCGCAAAAA